AUGUGUUUUUGCGCCGUAUAUCCAAUGAAUGUACGGCGCAAUACAGGCGUUCAAGUUGUGCUAAAACUGAAACGGCUACUGGACGUUGUGCACCACCGCUGCCCAUUCAGUCCAGGGGAUGUAUAGAGAGAACUCUACACCGACGCAGUCGUGCCAUGCAGCUUUAAUCUCAUCGUACAACGCUGCUAUGCAUGUCCAGUGAUGCUUGUCAGUCCUUAUGAGUCGUACGUAGAGACCCCAAGUCGACAUUGCCGACGAACGGCGGCAGCCAUUCCAUUGCCGUCCAUCGACGCGUGAUGACAGUGUAUGCCGUCGCUGCUCUUUGUUUCUUCAACGUUAGUGGUGGACCCAUUGGCUCGGAGCCUGUGUUCGCUGCUGGGGGGCCGGCAGUGGGGCUCGUCGCCCUGUGCCUUUUCCCCUUUGCGUGGUGCAUCCCCAUGGCCCUUGUCACGGCUGAAUUGAGUACCGCGUUCCCAGAGAACGGUGGAUUCACAGUGUGGGUGCACCAUGCGUUUGGACCGUUCUGGGCCUUUCAAGAGGGGCUAUGGUUUUGGCUGUCGGGGGUGAUCGACGCGGCGCUGUAUCCUUCGUUGGCGGUGACAUGCGUCAGUAAGUUCAUUCCUGAACUGGAUGCGCUUAGCGCCACCGAAACGUGGAUGGCCAAAGCAGCGAUGGCAUCGUUGUUUGCAUUGCCCAACUUGUUGGGCAUUCAACUCGUCGGUCGAGGGAUGAUGUUGUUGUCGAUGGUGGUGACGCUUCCGUUUGUCGUGUUUUCGAUGGCUGGGUUUUCGAACGCUGCGUCGGACUGGACCGUCCUCACUCAGGUCCGCCACGCAGACACGCCAUGGAAUGCCACUGCUUUCGUCGAGUCAUCUGGUCAAGAGAUCGCCAUUCAGUGGAAGUUGCUGCUAACGACAGUGUUUUGGAACUGCAACGGGUUUGCAAACGUGUCGACGUUUGCGGGAGAGGUCGCCGACCCAGGAAAGGCGUACCCCCGAGCCCUGCUCCUCACAUUGCUAGCCCUGGAACUGUCCUACUUGGUGCCGCUGUCCGCCGGAGCCGUGUUCAAUCGCCCCCCUUGGUGGUCGUGGACAGAGAUCAGCUUUAGCGACCUCGCCCAUUCCCUUGGUGGCAACGGACUCCUAAGUCUCAUGACCAUCGCUACCCUCGCGAGCAACUGGGGCCAAUUCACCAGCGAAAUGUUCUGCGUGUCAUUUCAGCUCACGGGCAUGGCCGAGUCUGGCCUAGCGCCGUCGAUCUUUGCUGCCCGCGCCGCCGCCUCGGACGUUCCGUACGUGUCUGUGGCCGUGUCCCACAGCCUCGUGCUGCUGCUCAUUCAGUUUGACCUGGAUGACGUCAUGACGACAGCGAAUGUCAUCUCUGCAAUGUACCAAGUGCUUCUCCUUGCCGCCGCCGUCAAGCUCCGCGUAUCCAUGCCUCACGUCCAUCGGCCAUACCGAGUCCCAGGCUCCAUACAUGUGUUGAUCGCGCUGACUGUCCUGCCGUUGUGUGUGGCGUCCUAUUUGAUCUACAGUCCGCUGGAGGAUAUUUUGAACUCGCCUGGUACGUCUGCGUCGAAUUUUGUAGUGCCAGUGGUGCUCGUGGCUGGUGGAGCGUGCGCGUAUGCGCUAAACGUACCCUCCAAGGAAUUCGGGAACUCGAAGGAUGCCACCGCGGAGGAGUCGCAGCGGCUAGCGUAAAUUGGAAUCAAAUCAGAGAGUUAAAACGGA